AUGUAUAAUGCAAGCCUAACAUGUAACCAUGGCGAAUACUACGUGUGUCAAAAUGGGAUCUACACCCACAAAGUAAACCCGACACAGUCCCCUCUUUCCAACGAUUACCAUUCACAUAGUCCGUGCCUACGGUACGCUUCGGAAGUCUACAACCCAGCGACUUUUGAGACCCAUGACAAAACUGUCGAAGAUGAAGACUACUCCGAAGAAAGCGGCAUUACUUCGGAGCAAAUGGAGAAACUGAAAAAGUGUGCGACGGGGAAGGUAAUAAUUGACUGGGCGAAAGCUCGGAGUAACUCGAUUUGCCUGCAAACUCGUGCAGAGUUCCCGGUCUACAUGGACUAA